CAUCAACAUUCCGACAGCAUAGUGAACCUAAGUGAACCCAUGGCAUUACCCAAUUUCCAUCUAAACUAGCGAGACACAUCCGAAUUGCUCGACUACGAUCGAUGCCGCUCCAUCACCGCUUCGCCUUUUUCCUGUGCUGCAUUGCGGCCUUGGCCUUCAUCUCCGUCACGGAUGCGGCUGACUGCACAUCUACGGAGAUCGCGGAGCUCUCGACGCUGAGCAGUAAUGUCACCGCCGUCUGCGGUAGCGAUGCGCUGUCCAGUUCAAUGUCCACGACCACCUACUGCGCCGACAGCUCAUGCUUGGCCUUCCUCACCAGUAUAGUCUCCAGUGUCCCGUCCUGCGAACUGGAGAGCUACAACUUACGCACAGUAUUGACCACUGCCAUCCGCUCCUGCGACGCCGCGUCAGACGCUGUCCCCGCUUCGAGAUCAAGCUCCCAGUCACUGCAUCGUACACCGCAAUGGACAGCAUCAAACCUACUUGUGCGUGGACUACAAGCUGCCGUCGUUCUUGUCAUAGCGAGCGGCGUUCUCUGAAACCCUAGUAAAAACCCUAGUGUCAUAGUUCACUUAAUCUAAUGUCAACUUUCGCUCAUGUGGUGCACAUCAUUUUCGUAUUGUCAUAAUU